AUGGGGUACAAGAUUACCAACAUCUAUGUCAUCACCACGGUGGCCGUCAUCGGCGGUGCACUGUUUGGUUUUGACAUCGCCUCCAUGUCUGCUAUUCUGGGCACCCAACAGUACAAGUGCUUCUUCAACCAAACCGGAGUCAACGAGAAAGGAGAAUGCGGUGGCCCUACCUCCGCCAACCAGGGUGGUAUCUCAGCAGCCAUGCCCGGUGGCUCCUGGGUUGGAGCUCUCUUGUCAGGAUUUGUAACUGACUGGAUGGGCCGUCGGGGUGCCAUCCAGUCCGGAUCUGUCAUUUGGUGCAUUGGAAGUGCCAUCGUGUGCGCCUCCUACGGUAUUGCCCAGCUCGUCGUGGGCCGUUUCAUCAACGGCCUCUCGGUCGGAAUCCUCAGUGCCCAGGUCCCCGUAUACGUUGCCGAGCUCGCGCAACCGAGUAAGCGUGGCCAGGUCGUUGGUGCCCAGCAGUGGGCAAUUACAUGGGGUAUUUUGAUCAUGUUCUACGUUUCAUACGGCUGCAGCUUUAUGGAGGGCGUCAAGGCCUGGCGUACCCCAUGGGGUCUGCAGAUGGUCCCCGCUGCCCUUCUCUUUGCCCUGACAUUCCUUCUGCCGGAAAGUCCGCGUUGGUUAGCCAAGAAAGAUCGCUGGGAGGAGGCACAUGAGGUUCUGGCCUCGGUCCAUGCCAAGGGUGAUCAUAACGCACCCUUCGUGCAGACUGAAUUGCAAGAAAUCCGCGAAAUGGUGGAGUUCGAGCGCCAGAACAAGGAUGCCUCGUACCUGGACUUGUUCAAGGGACCCAUGCUCUACCGCACUCAUCUCGGCAUGUUCACCCAGAUCUGGUCGCAGCUCACAGGCAUGAACGUGAUGAUGCUGUACAUUACCUACGUGUUCGGCAUGGCCGGACUAAGUGGAAACGCCAACCUCGUCGCCUCGUCAAUUCAAUACGUGAUCAACGUGGUCAUGACGAUCCUAGCCCUCCUCUUCAUCGAUCGCUGGGGCCGUCGCACUCCACUCCUGAUCGGGUCCACUCUCAUGAUGAUCUUCAUGUUCGCCAAUGGUGGAAUCAUGGCAACUCACGGCAAGCCCGCUCCCCCUGGCGGCCUGAACAACACCCCCGAGCAAUCGUGGGAUCUUUCCGAAGCCCCCAAGGCAGCCAAAGGAGUCAUUGCUUGCACCUAUCUUUUCGUUGCCAGUUACGCCCCUACCUGGGGUCCCGUUAGCUGGAUUUAUCCUCCUGAGCUUUACCCCCUCCGCCUGCGUGGUAAGGCUGUCGCUCUUUCGACCUCAUCGAACUGGAUCUUCAACUUUGCUUUAUCUUACUUUGUUCCUCCCGCUUUUGAAAAUAUCCAAUGGAGGGUCUAUCUCGUCUUCGGCGUGUUCUGUUUUGCAAUGACCGUUCACGUCUUCUUUGCCUUCCCCGAGACAGCCGGAAAGACACUCGAAGAGGUUGAAACAAUGUUCACCACACCUGGUCUAAGACCGUGGAAGACAACUGUGCAAUUCCAACACGUGCGAAAGCUCGAGCAGGGAGAAAUCCAGACAGACAAGCUUGGAGCCGUGCAUGCAGAGGAGGGGAACGUUGUUCCCAAGUCUGGCGAGAAAGAGACUGUCUGA